GCCGGCUCCAGGGCUUUAAAGCAGCGUGUAAGCUGAGAUGCUACCACAGACAGCGGCGCGGCGGCGGCGGCCGCAGGAGCUCCCCGAGCCCAGACGGGCGCCCGCUUUUCGCCCCCGCCGCGCCGCGGGGCACGAGAGCGCCCGCCGUGCGGCUCUAGGUACCCCGCGGGCCCCAUGGCGAUGUCCCGCGCUGCCCGCGCCCUGCUGCUGCUGCUGCUGCUGCUGCUGUGCCCGCCGGGGCUGCGGCGGGGAGCGCGGGGCGGCGGGCAGCGCCCGCGGGGCUGUCCGGCGCCGUGCCGCUGCGAGCUGGACGGAGUGCUGCUCCGAGCCGACUGCUCCGACCGCGGGCUCACCGCCGUGCCCGCCAACCUCAGCGUCUUCACCUCCUACCUUGAUCUCAGUAUGAACAACAUUACUAAGCUGCCCUCAAACCCUGUGCACAAUCUCCGCUUCCUGGAAGAGCUACGUCUUGCAGGAAAUGGCUUGACAUACAUUCCUAAGGGAGCAUUUGCUGGCCUUUUCAGUCUUAAAGUGCUGAUGCUGCAGAAUAACCAGCUUCGCCAGGUUCCUACCGAAGCACUCCAGAACCUGCGCAGCCUGCAGUCUCUACGUCUGGAUGCCAACCACAUCAACUACGUGCCCCCCAACUGCUUCAACGGCUUGGUCUCCUUAAGACACCUGUGGCUGGAUGAUAAUUCUUUGACAGAAAUUCCCGUCCAAGCUUUCAGGAGUUUACCAGCACUUCAGGCAAUGACACUGGCACUGAAUAAAAUUCAUUACAUACCAGACUAUGCCUUUGGAAACCUCUCCAGUUUGGUAGUUCUACAUCUCCAUAACAAUAGAAUCUAUUCCCUGGGAAAGAAAUGCUUUGAUGGGCUCCACAGCCUAGAGACAUUGGACCUAAAUUACAACAGUCUGGAUGAGUUUCCCACUGCUAUCAGGACACUAACAAACCUAAAAGAACUGGGAUUUCAUAGCAAUAACAUCAAGUCGAUACCUGAGCGUGCAUUUGUGGGUAAUCCAUCACUUAUUACAAUACAUUUUUAUGAUAACCCUAUCCAGCUUGUUGGAAAAUCUGCUUUUCAACACUUACCAGAACUGAGAACUCUGACUUUAAAUGGUGCUUCACAGUUAACAGAGUUUCCUGAUCUGACAGGGACUACAAGUCUGGAGAGUUUGACACUCACAGGAGCACAGAUCACCUCUCUCCCCAAAUCAGCUUGUGACCAGUUACCUAAUCUCCAAGUGCUGGAUCUGUCUUAUAACAUGCUGGAAGACUUACCCUGUUUUACUGCAUGUAAAAAACUCCAGAAAAUUGACUUGCAUCAUAACGAAAUCGCUGAAAUCAAAGCAGACACGUUUUGGCAGCUGGCUGCUCUUCGGUCUCUGGAUUUAGCUUGGAACAAAAUUAAAAUUAUUCACCCCAAUGCCUUCUCCUCUUUACCAUCUCUGAUCAAACUGGAUGUGUCAUUCAACCUUUUGUCCUCUUUUCCUGUGACGGGGCUACAUGGUUUAACUCAUUUAAAAUUAACAGGAAAUCAUGCCCUACAAAGUUUGAUAACAUCUGAAAAUUUUCCAGAACUCAAGGUCAUGGAAAUGCCUUAUGCUUAUCAGUGCUGUGCCUUUGGAGCUUGUGAGAACCACUACAGAAUCUCCAGCCAGUGGAACAAAGAUGAGAAUAGCAGCACUGAUGACUUUCACAGAAAGGAUGCUGGGCUGUUACAAAUUCAAGAUGAACGUGAUUUUGAGGACUUUUUUCUUGACUUUGAAGAAGAUUUGAAAUCUCAUCAUUCAGUGCAAUGCUCACCUGCUCCAGGUCCCUUCAAACCAUGUGACCAUCUGUUUGGUAGCUGGCUGAUCAGAAUUGGAGUGUGGACCAUAGUGGGUUUGACCUUUAUUUGCAAUGCACUGGUGUCCGCUACAGUUUUCAGAUCUCCAUUGUAUAUGUCAUCCAUAAAACUUCUGAUUGGUUUAAUAGCUGUUGUGAAUGCCCUGAUGGGUCUGGCCAGUGCAGUACUGGCUAGCGUGGAUGCAUCAACUUUUGGUAGUUUUGCUCAGUAUGGAGCACAAUGGGAAAGUGGAAUUGGUUGCCAAAUGACGGGCCUUCUCUCCAUUUUUGCUUCCGAAGCUUCCAUUUUCCUCCUUACCCUAGCUGCACUUGAACGUGCRUUCUCUGUGAAACAUGCUACAAAGUUUGAAACAAAAUCCUCCAUCGCUAGCAUAAAAAUUGCCAUUUCCUUUUGCUUUCUGUUGGCACUAAUCAUUGCAGUGAUACCACUCCUCACAGGGAGCGAGUAUGGGGUUUCUCCGCUUUGUUUGCCACUACCCUUCGGGGAGUCUGCUGCUAUGGGCUACAUGGUAGCACUGGUAUUGCUGAACUCCCUUUGUUUCCUGGUUAUGACUAUUGCUUAUACAAAGCUCUACUGUAGUUUGGAAAAGGGAGAGCUAGAUAACAUUUGGGAUUGCUCCAUGGUCAAACAUAUAGCCUUGCUGCUUUUUACUAAUUGCAUUCUUUAUUGCCCUGUGGCCUUCUUAUCUUUUUCCUCCUUACUAAACCUCACUUUUAUCAGCCCAGAAGUGAUUAAGUCAAUACUUCUAGUGAUUGUCCCACUGCCAGCGUGUCUAAACCCACUGCUUUAUAUACUUUUCAAUCCACACUUUAAGGAGGAUUUGGUAAGUUUGCAAAAGCAAACUUUGAUAUGGAGGAGAUCAAAACAUGCUAGUCUGAUCUCUUUGAAUUCAGAAGACAUAGAAAAACAAUCUUGUGACUCAACACAAGCAUUGGUAACCUUCACGAGUGCCAGCAUAUCCUAUGAUAUGCCUACCAGCAGUUCAUUAAUGCCACCAUCCUAUCAAAUGGGAGAAGGUUGCAAUCUUUCGUCAGUCGCGUUUGUUCCUUGUCGCUAGUUGCAGUAGCAGUGCAGAAAAUAUCUCUGUUUACAAAAUUUUUAAUCCCAAAAGUAAGUGUGGGUGUGUGCAUGCGAACUUAGAGAGUGCCUCUAAAUUAUUGUGACACACAUCAGAAGAUAGACAAUGACAAAACUUGUGUCAGGCUGAAAAUCCAGUAUUUGAGCCUGCUCAGCCUGCUCCCAAAAUGCUGGGAUGAAGAGAGGAAGUGGAAUCUGCUGAAGUUUGUGCCGUUGUAUCAGUUGCUCUCUUUUAAAGUCRCACUACUCAGAAAGGGCAUCAGUUGGUCAAGAACAAAAAAAACACAUUAAAUUUGGGACAUUUUUUCAAAGUAUCACCUCAUUUUUUCAGGGGUUGGACUGKUUUUUUUUUCCUGUUUAUUGCAAUUUGGUUUUAAUAGCAGUUUUUCAGUGUCAUGAUUGUUUUUAUAAGCAUCUGUGUGUGGCCUUUGUUCAGCAGGAUAUCUAAAUGGAAGAGUAGUCUUCUAGUCGUAAAGGUUUCUGCAGAAUACCCUUUGAUGAAGUUCCGUGUUUGAUAAAGCUGAUUAAAUGGUUUAAGUGGCAUUGAGUUUGGGUUUUGAAAGUAAUCUAACUUGACAAAGCAUUUUUACUUGCCAGCUAAAGCUAAAGAAUUAACAUAAUGUGAAAGAAGUUAAUCAAAGUCCUGUUAAGUAUUUUAAAUGUAAUUGUAAAUGGCAAGGCAUUGUCACAUGGGUAUUUUUCUGAGAAGGUUCUGCACAGUUUYGUCCUUUCAUGCCAGUAGAAUUACUCCCAGAGUUACUGGUGAUAAAACUGGCAGAUGACUCAUAUAAUUUGAAGGUGGAAAACACUACAUUGAAGUCAUCAAUAUGAAAAAACUGGCACAUUGAGAACUAUUAAAGGAUACCAAAUGCACUCACACUGAAACAUUCAUCUAAGGUAAUUCGUCUAGAAACAAAAACUGUAGCCCUGCUCAUGACAUGAUCUCUCUCUCAUGAAACAAUGGUUCUAGGAAGCUGCUAGUUCAUAGUCAUUAUUCAGCUGAAGAUUUAGAGGUCACUGUGUCCUUCUGGAUAAGGAUAGCCAAUAUCCUUACCUAAGGUGAAACCAAGUAGGAGUGAAGAGGUUAUGUUAGCUGUUUUCUUAGCACUGAUGCAAGCAAUCCUGGGAUAUUUCAAACAC